AUGAAGAUCUCUAUGAACAUUGCACUUGCGCUUGCCUUCCUUACCUCCUCUCUCUCAGCUACCGCCUCCGCUGAGGCUCCCCUUGUGACUGUCCAACUUGCCAAUGACCAGUCCGGUGCCUAUGCGAAUGUGGCUGUUCGAGCAGAUGGUGUCAAACAUACCGUCGAAUCACUCUGGGGCAAAACAGCACUUGCACGCAAUGGUGUUGUUUAUGCAUCAAGCACCCAGCUCACAGCAUUUCAGCAGAAUACUGCCUGCAGAAUUUUCCGACCAGGCAUAGAUGUGACACUAAAUGCAUGGCAUACUUGGUCCUGGUUGGAUGCUGGUAAGGUGGUGGAUUUGGACGGAGCUUCCUUGGUCUGCAAAGAUGCAUGA